AUGGUUACCUGCGGAGUGUUUAUUUUGGCGCAAAACCUCUCCCUCACGGUCAGCUUCGUUUAUGGAUUUAAUCAAGUGGAAGAAAGGCAGCAACUGUGGGAUGAGUUGGCAUCUAUCAAUACAACUACACCAGCAUCGAGAUUUCCGUGGGCUGUAUUAGGUGAUUUCAAUCAGAUACUGAGAUCAGACCAAAACUCUCAACACCUAAAUGGCGAAGUUGAUACAGCUGGAAUGGAUGAUUUUAACUUGGCUUUGCAGGAAGCUGAGUUGUUUGAGGCACAAUCGAACGGCCUUACUUACUCUUGGUGGAAUAAUCAAGAGGCAAACCCAGUUUCUAAGAAGAUUGAUCACGCUUUGUUUAACCAUCACUGGGCUCACUCCUUUCCAGACUCUUUCUGCGAAUUCCUUGAGCCGGAACAAUCAGAUCACGCCCCGUGUUUGGUGAAAAUGCCGUCUCAGACCAGACGUGCUCCUAAACCAUUCAAGUUCUUCCACCAUACCAUAGACCAUCCGGACUUCCUUGAUACGGAGAUUAAACACUAG